AUGUACGGAGGUGAGCCAGGAAUGCACAUGGAUCGGUGGAAGUAUUGGUACGCCACAUUCCGCACCAUCAUCAACAGAUGCAGCCAACUGGAGGAAGCAAAGCUUGUGCUUCAUUAUGCGCAGAUAUCGAUGGCUGCCAUGAACCGAGCUAUGGGGGUGCCAGAGUCUACCACGGCUGGAGCCAACCAACCAAACGAGUUAACAGGCGAAGUAACUGGCUAUCUGACUGUUGAACAUCUCAUUGCGGAGGGUACUACUGGUCUUUGCCUUGGUGAUUCCGGUACUUCCGGAUAUGACGCUAUUGGCGACGUGGUUGAGGGUUUUGAUGGCCUCACCCUUGAGGCUACUGUAUACAAAGAAGUGGUUGCUAAGGGCAAACAGGUCAUCACGAGCGAAGCUUUCAUCUGA